AUGUCUAUUUCCCCUGGUCUCUAUAGGAUCACCACUCACCUCAGCCCUAACCCAGCCAUUGGGGUUAACCCGUAUAUUAGGUCGGGAAUCAAGCCAGUUAUUGUUGCACCUCCACAAUUUUCCCCCGACGGCACAACAUGGGAAGUAGUACAGGAGGAAGAUGGCCAAUUCUAUCUUCUUGUAGUCAAUAGUGCCAAUAUUCGCCCAGAAGAAGACAAAGUGUUUGCAUUUUACAAUGGGGUACAGGGCGAGAGAUGGAAAAUCGUCCACCACCCACUCCGCAGGGGUUAUGUCAUCUUGAGUGCGGAUGAAUCGCUUGCUUGGCAUCUUCCCAACGCCGAAUAUGAAACUCAGGUCGAGCUCAAGGCCCUGGGGAUCCUGCCUGGCGAAGGAUAUUACUUCAAUUUGGAGAGGUUGGUCGAGUAG